AUGAAAUUACAAUCUCUGUUCUCAUUGGCCGCUCUAUUGGUUGCUGCUACAUCAAAUGUUGCUGAAUGUAAAGUCCACAAAGCCAAAAUGUACAAGGAAAAAAAUGAAGAAACUUUAAAGGCAAUUGAGUUUCAAGACUAUGUGGCUUCCAUGGAAUACAGUUAUAUUUCUAGGUUCCAACAAACUUUCCCUCAUUUAUUCAAGGAUAAGGAGAAUGCCGGUGGAGACAGAAAUAAAGGGUAUUUCUCUUCAAAGAAGGGUCAUGAUAUUCCAUUGACAAAUUAUAUGAAUGCCCAAUAUUAUACUGAUAUCUCUAUUGGUACUCCAGCCCAAAAUUUUAAGGUGAUCUUAGAUACUGGUUCUUCUAACUUGUGGGUUCCUAGUGCGGAAUGCGGUUCUUUGGCUUGCUUUUUGCAUACCAGAUACGACCAUGAUGAAUCUACUAGUUACAGGGAAAAUGGCACCGACUUUUCCAUUAGAUACGGUUCUGGUUCUUUGGAAGGCUAUAUAUCCCAAGAUCUUUUGAUAAUUGGCGAUGAUUUAGUUAUCCCCAAGCAAGAUUUUGCAGAAGCUACUAGUGAACCGGGCUUAGCCUUUGCCUUUGGUAAAUUCGAUGGUAUUUUGGGGUUGGCCUAUGAUUCCAUUUCUGUUAACCAUGUUGUUCCUCCAGUGUAUAAUGCUCUUAACAACAAUUUGUUAGAUGAGCCAAGAUUUUCUUUUUACUUAGCCGAUGCUGACAGUGAAAGUGCUAGUGGAGGUGAAGCCACCUUUGGUGGUAUUGAUCAUACCAGAUAUACUGGAGAUAUUACUUGGUUACCUGUUCGUCGUAAGGCUUAUUGGGAAGUUAGAUUUGAUGGUAUUGGUUUGGGUGAUGAGUAUGCUGAAUUGGAAGGCCAUGGUGCCGCCAUUGAUACCGGUACAUCUUUGAUUGCUUUGCCAAGUGGACUAGCUGAAAUUUUGAAUGCUGAGAUUGGUGCUAAGAAAGACUGGAGUGGCCAAUAUAAGAUUGAUUGUGAUACUAGAGAUAGCUUGCCUGAUCUUACCUUUACUUUUGUUGGUAAGAAUUUCACUUUGAGCGCUUAUGACUAUACGUUAGAAGUAUCUGGUUCUUGUAUCUCUGCCUUUACUCCAUUGGACAUGCCAGAUCCAAUUGGUCCUUUAGCCAUUAUCGGAGAUUCAUUUUUGAGAAAAUACUAUUCUAUUUAUGAUUUGGGUAACGAUGCUGUUGGUUUGGCUGAAGCUGUUAGAGCUUAG